UUGCUUUAUGUCGGCUUAGGAUAUUUCAAGCGAUGACUCGCACUCCUUACAUAAUUUGAUGGGGAUUUUCAUCCAGAAAAGUCCGGAAGUGUUUCAGAUACCUGCUGAGGUACGUUACGUCAUCAUAUAUUAUCAUUGCAUAUUUUACAGGGUGUAAAUGAUUCUUAACAUUUCCACCCAAGAAAAUUGUCACGGACAUACUUAGCUCAAAUUGAUCAGGGCUUUAAUCUGGUAGUAUAGAAAAUACAACGCCUGUUUCUUUAGCAAAGCUUUCGAUCAGUAAGCUCAGAUCAUUAUUUCUACAAAUAAAUAAUAUGAAGUUAUAAAUCCCGGAUUAUAGGCCGAAAGAUGUGUUAAAUAAAUAGGUGUACUGUUAUUGGAGCCAUACAACAACUAUUCUCAUUAGAAACAUGCGUAUAUGGACUUUUAACACCAUGACCUUGCUUUCAGGAAAUACCAGAGGCAGUGGAUGUUUGGAAGAAAUUUCUAGAGCUGCGUUGUAUUAUCGACUCAAGUUUGCAAAACAUUGAGGACAGAUGGAAGGAUGGCAAGGUUGGGAAAUAAGACUCAAUAUCAUGGGGUAGUGGGUUGGUGUGAGUAGGAUGGUGGGUGUAGGUACAGUGAGUAGGGUAGGGCAAGGGGGUGGGUUCAUGGUGGGAAUGGUGGUGGGUGUGGGUAGGAUGAUUGGGGUGGGUAAGGGGGUGGGGGUACCACAGUGGUUAUUGCAUGAGUCUUUCAAGCAAACGGGGAAACAUUUUCAAGGUGAGCAAAUGGGAAGACAUUUGAGGAAAUUUCCAUCGAGAUUUUUGGCAAAACUGUUUCCUAGUUUCCCCAGGUUUUAUUGCUUAGAAUGUGUUUUAUUUAUUUAAAUUUUUUUGUUGUUGUAUAUUUUCUCAGGGUCCAUUAGCACAAGAGUUCAGCUGUAAUGAAAUAAGAGGAUUAAUAAGGGCAUUGUUCCAGAACACGGAUCGUCGUGCGAAUGUGCUUGCCAAGAUCAGACCUACGUGACGUAUUGUUGAAUAUAUGCUUAAAUAUAAACAGAGUUAUUGUACAUUAUAUUUAUAUUUCAAUAUCCAAAUAGACACCUUUCAUAAAGAUGACAAAAUCAGGUGACAAUGACUUGAUGUUCUGCAUUGGUCUCAGACUGUAGACGAUAGAGCCAGAAAAUAUAUUCGUACGCGAAACGUGAGAAUAUGAUUGGUUAAAUUAUACGAAUCUUUCCUAUGUUGGCUUGAUGUUUGUAUUCUAUAGAAAAAUAGCAAUUAUUGAUAGCUCAUUUCUUUGU